CCUAGCGGUUUCCCGCACUUUGUUCCUGGCAUUUCGGGGUCUAGUGCGCCCGUGGCUGCCAUGACGGUUACACGGCCCCAGGGUAUUGCGCUCCAUGCGGCACCUUGCCUCCUUCGGCACUCGUAAAUGCAGUCACCUCAUGAUCCGGCUCCUCCGGCCACGCCGGCUCAUAUCGCUGCGAGAAGUUGGGAUGCUGGACCUGGCUGCAAUAAAGACAUAGAUUCUCCCCGGCUACGUUCCUGUUUUGGUCGUUUUUUGACCGACGUGCCACGACAGCUCGUAAUCUCAAGUACUGCAUAUGCUUAUACGGGGCCCGCCUUGCAACCUCAAUCACUCUUUACAACUUCCACAAGCAUUUCAUAAUUAUGAAGUUUACUCAGCUCGCCACGCCGGCCUGGGCUCUCCUGGUUUCUUAAGCAGCUGCGAAGCCCUGCGCCGAGCCCAAGAUUGACGUCGACGUCGCCAUCAUCGGCGGCGGAAGCGCCGGCAUCCACGCGGCGAUUCAGCUCAAGGACGCCGUCAUCGAGAAGAAGUCCCAGAUCGGAGGCCAUGCCGAGACUUACACCAACCCUCAGACCAAGGUCCCGGCCAACGUCGGCGUUGUCGUCUUCGAAAACGUCGAGCUCGUCGCCAGAUACCUGGCCCGCCUCAACGUCGCCACCAUCAAGGCCAACCCGCUCACCAGCGCCACCGCUGGCGGCUCCAGGAGCUGGGACUUCUCGCUCGGCUUCCCGAUCCCGGCGCAGAACGCCUCCACGGCGGCCAUGCAGCAGCAGGCCCUCCAGGCCGCCGCGCAGGCGUACUCCACCAACGUCCUGGCCAAGUACCCCUGGAUCGACCAGGGCUUCCUGGUGCCGGACCCCGUACCAGAGGAGCUGACGCUUCCCUUCAGAGAGCUUGCGCAGAAGUACAACUUCUCGGCGCUCCUGGCCGUCAUUGCCCAGUUCAACUGGUGGACCGGAGACAUCUCGACCAUCCCGGCGCUGUACGGCAUCAAGGGUCUCGGACCAGGCCUGCUCAGAAGCCUGUUCGGCGAGUUCAUCCUUUCCGCUAACGGCGACACCCGCGCCAUCUACGACGCCGCCGCCGGUGUCCUCGGCGACAGCGUCCUCCUCGACUCCGACGUCGUCGAGGUCAAGCGUGAUGUCAAGAUUGACGAAAAGACGACUUCCGGCGUCACCGUUCUCGUCAAGCAGCCCGGCGGGUCCCACAAGCUCAUCCGCGCGCGCAAACUCAUCGUUGCCAUCCCUCCGACCAUGGAGAACAUUGCCAGCUAUGAUCUCACCGCGAAUGAGUCGGCGCUCUUCUCCAAGUUCUCUGCCCUCGGCUACUGGGCCGGCGUCGCAACCGUCCACGGUCUGAACACCAGCCUCACCAACGUCGGCGCGCAGACACCAUUCAACCAGCCCGCCAUCCCGGGCACCAACGGCUUCAACUCGGCCGGGUCUCCCGGAGACUUCCUCGUCGCCGUCGGGUUCCAGGACACGGACUACACCGAGGAGGAUGCCAAGGCCGUGCUGGUCAAGAACCUGGCGACGUUGGCGGCCGUCGGCGCCGUGCCGAAGGACGCCGCGGAGACGGUGACGUUCCCUUACGUGUCGGACCACAAGCCCUACUGCGUGCGCGUCUCGGCGGAGGAGAUCAAGGGCGGCUUCUACAGCAAGCUUUUGGCUUUGGAGGGCGCGCGGAACACGUACUGGGCCGGCGCAACCUUUUCAGGACACAACAGUGCGCUGGUGUGGUCGUUCAACGAGGGGACGGUGCUGCCUGGUCUGAAGAAGGAUCUCGGUCUGUGAGGAAGAGGUCUGCAUGUGUCUAUGCAAUCGAUCAAGUUGGUCAGUGAUAGCUUAUAGACCUACCUUUCUCAGUAGCAAGAUAGUUGAGUACAUAAACCGAAUUCGAGGUUUCUGACUGUCUCGCUCAACAUCAUGUUCAGGUUUCCGGGAAAUUGGUAAAAUGAUGCUGUAGAGAAGCAAAGGAAAGCUAACUCGAUGACCUUGGAUCCUUUUCUACUUCAACGGCAUAUCCCAUCGACAACUAUACGGCGUCAGUACCUUGCUCCAAAGCAAAAUAUCCUCGAC